AUGUCACAAACAAAAAGACCAAGAAGCGAAAGUAGCACCGAUCCCAAGAAGUGGAUGGAAUGGUAUAAUGAAAUGGAGGAAGAUGAAAGUGAACCGGAAGGAAACGAAAGCGAAUCGGAUGAUGAUUUUGUAUAUGAAAGCGAACAUGACACAGAUAGUGAACAGGGAGCUGACGAGCAAAGUCUAGACGACGAAGAUGAGGGAAUGCUGGAUGAUGAUACGUACCUUGCGAAGGAUGGAAUGACAAGGUGGAAAAACGGUAGUUUUCCUCUCAAUGUUAGAACACGAGCUUGCAAUAUUAUAACGCACCUGCCAGGUCCAAGAAAUGAAGCUCGCGAGUUGAAAUCGGAAAUUGAUAUUUACAAUUUAUUUUUGGACCAGGAUAUUAUUGGGACCAUUGUAGAGUCAACAAAUAUUUAUAUCCAGAAAGCUCGGGCUAAAUUUGGUAGGGAAAGAGAUGCUAGAGAGACUGAUGCUUUAGAAGUUCGAGCUUUGAUCGGUUUGUUAUACCUUAUUGGAUCUUUACGCUGUUCUAAAAAAAAGUCAAUAAAUUAUGGGACAAUUCAAAAGGCAACGGUCUCGAAUCAUGUUAUUUAUUUAUGUCGGAAAACCGGUUUAGAUUUCUUCUGA